AUGGAGAGUCCUCGUGGGAUUUUGUUGGUCGCACUUAUUGCAACUUUCGCUGUUAUUCACUUUUCUCAAGCUGAAGAUCAAGAAGGGUUCAUCAGUUUGGAUUGCGGUUUACCCCCGAGUGAAGCGUCACCAUAUAUAGAGCCAGAUACUGGACUAUGGUUCUCAUCGGACUCGGACUUCAUCCAAAGUGGAAAGAUUGGGAGGAUCGAUGCAAGUCUACCCAAGACUCUAAAGUCAUACGUGACCCUUAGGUACUUUCCAGAAGGGAUACGCAACUGUUAUAAUCUUAGUGUGAAGCAAGGGACCAAUUAUCUGAUGAGAGUUACAGCUCUAUAUGGAAAUUAUGACGGUCUUAAUAUUACUCCUAAGUUUGACUUAUACGUUGGUCCUAACUUUUGGGUAAUGAUAGACCUAGAGAAAAGGAUAAGCGGUCAAACCGAGGAGAUCAUUUACAUCCCAAGAUCAAACUCCUUGGAUUUGUGUCUUGUUAAGACAGGCCCGACCACGCCAAUAAUUUCAUCCUUGGAACUAAGGCCGCUAGCAAAUAAUCUUUAUAUCACUGAAUCUGGCGCACUGAAGGGUUUCAAGCGAUACUAUCUUACCAGUUCAGAUACCAUUCUGUCGUACCCAAAUGACGUCAGCGACAGAAUAUGGGAACCAAAAUUUGAUCCAGAGUGGAAGCAUAUUUCCACCACUCUGGAAGCAAACAACUCCAAUGGUUUUGCUGUACCACAGAAUGUACUCAAGACCGCGGUUGUACCUGCCAAUGCUACUGCACGGUUUAAUAUUACCGAGGAGCUUGAUUUCCCUGGCGACGAAAUUUACUUGUACAUCCAUUUCUCUGAGGUCCAAUCAUUACAGAUGAAUGAAUCUAGAGAGUUUGAUAUUUUUUGGAAUGACCAACAGUUUGACAAAACGAUAAGCCCUGAAUAUUUGAAGGCCACGACAAUUAAGUCCACAACACCAGUCACUUGCAAAGGAGGAGUAUGCAACUUAGAGCUGAUAAGAACUACAAACUCUACUCUCCCACCUCUUCUCAAUGCCAUCGAACUUUAUGCCGUCGUCAAAUUUCACCAACUGGAAACAAAUGAAAAUGAUGUUGUUGCUAUCCGAAAAAUCAAAGAAAGAUAUGGAUUGAAUAGAAUCACAUGGCAAGGAGAUCCAUGCGUCCCCCAGAAGUUUUUAUGGGACAAUCUAAAUUGCAGCAGCACAGAUACAUCUAGACCACCAAGAAUCACUUAUUUGAAUUUGACUUCCAGCGGGUUGAAAGGAUUCAUAGCAGCUGCAAUUCAAAAUCUUACCCAUCUUGAAAAGUUGGACUUGUCAAAUAACAAUCUCACUGGAGAAAUUCCUGGAUUUCUGGCUGAUAUGAAGUCUUUAAUGCUCAUAAACUUGAGCAAGAACAAUCUGAUUGGUUUCAUCCCACAAGCCCUUCUUGAAAGAGAAAGUGAAGGGCUAACGUUAUUUGUUGAUGGAGAGAAUCGUUGUUUAUCUGGCUCAUGUGUCACAGAGAAGAAAUUUCCAGUAAAAACUGCUGCAUUUGUUUCUUCGGCUACUGCCUUGGUUAUUAUGGUGAUUCUUGUUCUCAUUUUUGUGUUUAAGAAGAAAAAAUCACCAAAUUCAGAAGCUCUACCACCAUCAUCAAUUAAGCCGAGUGCGAACGUUGCAUCUACUAAUAUAUCCGAAAUAUCAAUCGAUAUGAAAAGAAAAAAAUUUACUUACUCAGAGGUGAUGGAAAUGACAAACAACUUGGAAAGACCACUUGGUGAAGGAGGGUUUGGCAUUGUUUAUCAUGGUGUCAUAAAUGGCUCACAACAGGUAGCCGUCAAACUACUUUCCCAAUCAUCAAGACAAGGCCAUAAAGAGUUCAAGGCAGAGGUCGAACUUUUGUUGAGAGUUCACCACAUCAACUUAGUAAGCCUUGUCGGAUGUUGCGACGAACGAGAUCAUUUGGCUCUCAUAUAUGAAUACAUGUCCAACGGAGACCUAAAACAUCAUUUGUCAGGAAAACAAGGCAGCUCUGUUCUGAAGUGGAGUACUCGACUACAAAUAGCCAUCGAUGCUGCACUAGGACUAGAGUACUUACAUAAUGGAUGUCGGCCAUCGAUGGUGCAUAGAGAUGUCAAAAGUACAAAUAUAUUGUUGGAUGAGAAAUUCUCUGCCAAACUUGCGGAUUUUGGACUUUCCAGAUCUUUCCAAUUCGGAGAUGAGUAUCAUGUUUCGACUGAUGUUGCUGGUACCCCUGGAUAUCUUGAUCCCGAAUAUUACAGAACAGGUCGAUUGGCGGAAAUGAGUGAUGUUUAUAGUUUUGGAAUUUUAUUAUUGGAGAUAAUCACAAACCAACGCGUGCUUGACCAAACUCGUGAAAAGUCACACAUAGGAGAAUGGACAGCAUUUAUGCUUAAUAGAGGAGAUAUUACUGGAAUCAUGGAUCUUAACCUUCAUGGUGAUUACAGCUCUCAUUCUGCCUGGAGAGCUCUUGAGUUGGCUAUGUUGUGUGCAAACCCUUCUUCAGAAAAACGACCAAACAUGUCCCAAGUUGCUUUCGAGUUAAAAGAGUGUCUUACUUCUGAAAUCUCGAUGAAAAGUAAAGAUCAAGACAUGGACUCUCAAAGUUCCCCUGAAGUAAGCAUGAGCUGUGACACCAAGGGUUUGCCUAGUGCAAGGUAG